AGCAGUCCUAAUUCCCCCUCUGAACUCUCUCGCUCCUUGACGCGACCUUCCUCUCGAUCAGUUCUCUUUUCUUUCUCUCAGACCACCGCAGUCUCUGGCGAUUGUUCCCUCUCCAUCACUCCUUGGCGAUGGUUCCGUCUCCCUCCCUUCCCUCUAGCUCUGAACUCUGAAACCCAGCCUCUCUCUCUCUCUCUCCGCGUACAUCCCCUCAAAAUCUCGGCCGAUCACUCUGUCAGUGCCUGUUCCUCGAAUUUUAGAGAUAUAGAAAAUGGCUGGUUCAAAGCUAAAUGUGUUUAGGAGAAAAUCAAACGAAGGGCAAUACCCUUCCAUCAGGCGAGCCAUCCACAGAUUCUCCGGCACAAAGGCAGUCAGCUCCUCUAAUCAGCUCUACAUGGAGGCAGUCAGCGCCUCCGGUCAGCUCUACAUGGAGGCAGUCAGUGCCUCCGUUCCCCGAAUAAGAUCAGCCACCAGUCCCCAAUUCGAAUCAGCCACCAAGUCCCUACUCGGAUCAACCGCCAGCCCCUCAGCAACUGCUACUGAAUGAUCAACAAUCGCCUACGGUCCCCUGACAAGCGCAACAAGGGGCCCAAGCACAACGGGUCCCUACCGACCAAUCGUCUGUAGGAUCCGAUGGAGGAGUGGUCGUGGACCAGAGACCCAAAUUGUUCAUGGAGUUACCUGAAGGUUAUGGCCGUCAAAAAAAGGUAUUGGACCGAUCAUGGACAUAUUGACUCUUGAGAUUUCAAGGGCCUUGGCCUAGUAGAUGGUCUGAUAUGCCCGAUGCAACUUUGGAUCUGUGGUAUUCAAUUGUGGAAGAACCAUGUUUAUUGGCACCUGUCUCUGGAGGACCACAACAAGAAGGCCUUCGAUGCUCGAGGGUCGAAGCAUAUAAGGCAACUCAUGGCCAAACUACGUGCCCCCGAAAAAAAAAAAAAAAAACAGACUGGAUCCAAGAGCAACAUUGGAUAAAGAUGCAGGAGUUCUGGCAAAGAGUGGAGUACAUACGGUUUUGUGAGCAAAAUAAGUUGAAUUGAGCAUAGGCCAAGUGGGGUCACUGCAUAUGAGAGGAUGCAUUUCUCCCGCUACCUCACGAGCUAAGAUGGAGAAUGCACAAAUGCGACCGAUUGGGCUGGUGGAGCUAUUCUCGAGACUCCACAAGAGGAGGAAGGAUGAAACCUACAUGUGCCCACGGGCUGCAAAGGCUGUGUCGGACUUCAAGGAGUUAAAAAAGGCUUCUCAAGGGAAUGAUGGAGAGGAUGAUAGCGGCCUCACAGAGGCCGAAAUUUGGGUGAAGGCAGUGGGAGGUCCUGACAAGAAGGGGCGAGUGUACGGGUUGAAGCACCUCAACCUCUCCGAUAUCCUCAGCAACUCACGUGCCAUGGAGCGACGCACGGAGCGGAUGAGGAGGCAUGCCUCUUUGUUGGAUGAAGAGAUGAGAGGGCACGUGAAUGAGCGGUAUUCUGACAUCCGGAAGGAGUUGAAGGGCAUGAUGCUAGAGGAAAGAUCCUGACAGGAUAAUAAGAUAGAAACUGGAGAAAAAGAAACAAGAUGAGGCCAACGACAAGAGGUUUAAGUCCAUGGAGCACAAGAUGGACCAUGGCUUCUCCACCAUUCUAGACGGACUUGAGAACAUGAAAAAGAAGUUGAAGGAUGAUAGAAGUUCCCCUCCGAUCGAUCAUGCUGCCCAUCACGCGGGUAAGUGCAAGCAGAAGAGCAUUCCCAAGAGGAGGAUGAUCCUCCUCCACUUCUUCCUCCUCUGACAAUGACAACAAUGAAGAUGCUGUUCGCCAGUACCUCGUCCGCAAUCAGAUGAGGACUAGUCGUAAUUUCUUUUUCAGUUCACUCUCAUUUUGUUCGGUAAAACUUGGUAAUGGGCUUCAAGUAUACUUUAGAGUGGACUUAUGUUUAUAGCUUGGGUUGUGUAGUCUGAACCUCCGUAGCUUGGAUUGCAUUUUGAAUGGUGGUGUUAGUCUGAACCUCUGUAAUUUGGAUAUUACUGUAUGCAGGUGGUAUUUUAUCAUUUUUGAGCA